UUGUAAAUGGUUUUCUCACAUGAUCCGAGUUGUCUGGAGUCAGUGUGUGAGUGGGAGAGCGUCGUGCGGACAGGACGGAGGAGAUGGCCGAACGACGCUGGACCACGAGUCUGUCGGCUUUGAUUGGCAUCCUAGCGACACUGACGAGCUGCGACACUGUUCCGUGGCAGCACGAAAAGCUGAAACAUGAAGCAACCACACUGAGCUCCAGUGAACUGAGUAGUGUGGUAUCUCGUACCGAUCUGGACCGGAUGUGGCAGAAGGACCUGAACCCCAUGCUUGUUGUGCGCUAUCCUGGUUCAACUGGAAGCCAACNCUUUAGCAUAUUAAAUCAACUCUCGGCUCAAUGAACGCGGGGUGGGAAGUGACGGAGGAUGCCUUCUAUGCUCAUACGCCUUACGGCCAGCUUCCCUUUACCAACAUAAUUGCAACUCUCAACCCUGCGGCCAAACGUCAGUUGGUUCUGGCCUGCCACUUUGACUCCAAAUACUACCCUCCACAGUGGGACGGCCAUGAGUUUCUCGGAGCAACGGAUUCUGCUGUUCCCUGCUCUAUGAUUCUGGAACUGGCAAGAGCCCAAGAUGAUGACCUAAAGACCUUGAAGGACUCUGGGUCAGAUCUGUCUCUGCAGUUCUUCUUCUUUGAUGGAGAAGAGGCACUUUACGAGUGGACAUCUGAAGACUCUCUGUACGGCUCCCGUCGUUUAGCCCACAAAAUGUCGACAACAGCACAUCCACCGGAAGCCACCAACACCAGCCAGCUCGACGGCAUUGAUUUGUUUGUUCUACUGGACUUGAUCGGAGGUCCAAAUCCUCGCUUUGGUAAUCAGUUCUCCAGUACGACCCGAUGGCUUUCCAGACUACAAAAGAUUGAGCGCCGGCUGCAUGCGCUCGGUCACCUUAAGAAUCACCCUAAUGAGGUUCAGUACUUCUGGCCUGGCCUGCAUGUGGGUCUAAUUCUGGAUGACCAUGUACCAUUUCUCAACCAAGGGGUCCGGAUUCUCCAUCUCAUUUCGACUCCUUUUCCUGAGGUGUGGCACACCUUUGACGACAACGAGGAGAACCUGGAUCGAACCUCCAUCAGCAACCUCAACAAGAUCCUGCAGGUCUUUGUUCUUGAGUACCUCAACAAGAAGAGUCAGAACCCUAUCACUGAAGGCUCCUAAUGUUCCCAAAAUCUCCCAUCAUUCGUCUAUCUCAUUUCUCAUACUGACAAGCGCAUGAGAUUAUGGUUCUUUUGACAUUCCUGUUUAGUCAGUUACAUUUUUUUUACAAUUUUUAUCACACAAUCAAUUUUUCUCACAACUGGAGCUGCGUACUGUAUGUCUGUGGACUGUUAAAAUUCAGAAGACAUUUAAGGGAGCCAGAAUCAGACUCGGUAUACAGGGUUCAAUGUGUGUCAGCAACAGUGUUUUCUUUAUAUCCUCUGGCUAAACUAAAUACUUACAAAAUGAAUGUUGGUACUCAUAUCUUUUUUUUUUUUGCUUGUUAUAUGAAUAAUCGAAUUUAUAGUAGCCUUAUACUUUGUAGCGGUUUUGUCUUUAAAUGUAAACUCUUUUAUGAAUCAACAAACAUAUGUGUGAGGAAUCAUACUGUUUCAUGAUGUCUGUGUGAUUCUAAAAGCUGCUGCUAUUGUCAUGUGUUUCUCACUUACCAGUGGCAUCUGAAAACUUUUAAUGUAACUUUAAACAUUAAACUUUUAAUGUUUGAAACUUUUACAGUGUGAAACAGCUAAUAAACAGUUUACAAAUCAG